AUGCUCGCUAUCAAGAAAUCUGAAAACAGCGCCCCGAAAUGUGCAGUUAACGUGCUGCCUUGCCGCAUCCAACACAAUGGCCCUGUCCACGCGAGCACAAGACACUGGACGCCAGAAGUCACUUCCGAUGGCAAUCAAAACAGCACAGCAACAGCAUACUUCCGGGGCAGAAAGUUGAAUGGCAGAGUGUUGGACUUGCCUGAAGGGUACAGAGAUACCAUCCUUCCCAACACUACAAACAGCACAACACCGAUGGCCCUCGAUACAGAGGAAGAACAACAAGAAGAACCAACGCCAGAAACAAAAGUCCUCGAGGAAAUUGCAACAUUCGACAGGAUUACAGUCUAUGGUCAUGAAGUACAACCGGACGCUCAAGAAGACGUGUACAUUAAAGGUAUAAACGAGUGGAUUAGUCUGGCUGGUGCGAACAGAUGA